UUCUCCCUCCUCGUGCUCUCCUCGGCAUCCCCGUCUCCCAUCGCGCCCACCAUGGCUGAGUCGCGGGAGUCGCAACACUCGCUUCUGCCUUCGGAGGAGGACCUGGUCAGUGCAAAGCGGCACCGCUCGUGGAAUCCGCUUGAUAGUCGCACCUCAACCGACGCCGAAUACUCCUUUCUCCCGGCAUCCGCACAUGAGAGCUUCUCGGAGGCAGUGUUUCGAGAAGUAGGGUUGGGCAUCAUCAACCCCUCCGGUGAAACGCUGCCUGCCCAAGGCAAGCGCGAUUCGAUCUCCAGCGCCGGGAGCCAGUUCAGCCAGACAACUGCGACCACGCCGGGCUUCUUGAAAACGCCUCAGGGGACACCGGCGAUUUCACGCUCACAUCCCUCUCCUGGGAAUUGCCCAAGUCGAGUGACAGUUCUUCAAAAACGCUUCUCGUGGGUUCCAGUAACGAUUUUCGUCCUCGCGUUCUAUGCGACGGUUUUUUCCGGCGUAUAUCUCGCCAUUGCGAUUCGAAAGCCAAGAUGGAACAAUGUCAGCAGCGACGGAUCAUUGGCUCCUUCAACGGCCAGCUUGCUAUGUGCCUUCUUUGCGAAAACCAUUGAACUAGCCUAUGUCACAAUAUGCGUUGCAUUCCUGGGCCAAGUGCUGAGUCGGCGUGCUCUGACGAAGGACUCCCGGGGGAUCAGCAUUUCGGAUAUGAACAUGAGAGCUUGGAUCAUGCAGCCUGGGUCAAUGAUUGUCCACUGGGAGACACUGCGGUACUCAGCACUCACCUUUCUGGGUGCUAUCGCAUUGGUUGCCACUUUUGUCGCGAUGCUGUACACCACAGCGGCGGAAGCCCUGAUAUCACCAAAGCUCUCAAUGGGUCCAAAAGAGGACACAAGUCUCUCUGGUAAGGUUUACACCAGUUUUGGCAACGUCGAUUUCCUUUCAUUAAACUGCCAAAGCCCAAUCCCGCAACAAAUGGACCCCCUCGCCCGGAACGACACUUGUCUUCAGAUGGUGCACGUAGGCCAGGCCUACCAUAACUAUCAGCAAUGGAUCACAGCAUGGGCCAAUUUCAUAAGUGACGGAAAUGACACGUCCGACCAGCUCCAGACCCGACCAAGACCCACUGGCUCCAUGUGGGAUAAUACUACAAUCACAGGCAGCUGGAUCGAGGUCCAAAAUUUGACGGACCUUUCUAAAAGGCAUGGUCGUAUGGUCAACAACAUUACUAUGGCUAUGCCGCAUGGCAGUAUCCCAAUCGCAGCUUUGGAUGAGAAAAAUGAUAUUCGCCAACCGCAAGAUGCGUCCGGCGAGGGCAAGUAUAGUAUUGAAGCCUCAGUACCUUCGCCCGCUGUCAACGUCCUCUGUGUGGGCAUGAACAAGUCCGAACUAUCACCCCUGGUCUACUCCACCUGGCCAAAUGUACACUUCAACGCCGCAAUAUGGAGCGCUACACCCCCGACCGACAUUCCCCGAGUCCCAUCCUGGCUCAAUCGAACCGUCGUUGACGACAUCUUCGGAUUUGGCAAAAAAUAUGGCCAGCGGCCCCCUAUCUUUGGCACCUACCCGGAAUCCAAUAACACAAUCCUGAACACGACAGGUCUCUGGCCAGCGAACUCAAUCUACCUCCUCGGCAAACCAAGUGUCGCACAUCCGGAGUACGUGAUGUGCUCUAUUCGCGCUAAACAAACUGGCGUUUGCUCGACGCGCUACGACGCUGCGUCCAGCGGCGCUUUCCUCAGCUCCAAUUGCGAAAACGCCACUAACGCCCUCCAAUACAACCGCAAGGAAAAGAAUUUCAUCGAGGGCGCCUGGGAAGCAGACUGGAAGAAUGUGGCCACCGGGUGGGCCAACUCACUCAGCCUGGGCUCGGGCAUUACCAAUGCGCAAGCGAGUAACGAGCGCCUGCUUAUGCAGAUGAUGCCCGCCUACAAUCCCGACUUGAAAUCCUAUUCUCUAGACCCGUCCCUCCCCUCCGUGGGCGAAGCCCUCGCCGUGAUGUCCGGUAGCACGCUCAUCCUCUCUUCGCAAAACGCACCCUUCGUCCAAGGCUUCAACUACACCGAGCCCGACGAUAUCCUCCCCGAGCCCGUCUAUCAGCAUUUUGCCGCCACUCUGCAAGCCUCAGGCUACGCCUCCGGUGGCACCGAGCGCUGGCAGGGUGUCUUCUACGUGGUCCUCGUCUUCGCCUUCCUAACCUCUUUCAUAUGUCUGGGCUUCGUGGUCUUUGAAGCCCGCGGCCACCAAAUCACCGACUUCACCGAGCCGCAGAAUCUCUUCGCGAUUGCAGUGAACAGUCCUCAGUCCUCGCAGCUGCGGGGCGCUUGUGGAGGUGGUCCAAUUGGCCGGCAGAUGAAAGAGAGGUGGUAUAUCGGCAUGGACGAGCCUGAUGCGCACUAUUACAUCCGCGCAAAGAAGGACGGCGUAAGCCCGCACGUCGAAGCUAGGUCUACGGGGUACCAGGGGCUUGAACAGAUGGAGGUGGAGGAUGGGAGUGGUAGGAUGAAUCCCGUUAGUCCGGCGGUGGAUGAAUUCCGGCGGGUUUCUACACGAAGUUCGUUCUUAGGGAAACUUUAUUAA